CACCUCCGAUUCCUCCAUCGCAACUCCCUUCCUCCAACAUCCAACCUCACCUACGAUUCUCCCCAUGUCCGAUUCCCUCUCCUUACCGACAGCCAGCCUUAUCGUCAAACUAUGCAGUGGGAGAUGAAGCAGGUGAGACAGUGGUCAUCGUGGUUCCGAUGGUGGCUCCGGUGGUUGGCUGCCACCAAUUUGAUACAGGGGAAACCAAUGUUGUGCCGGAGAGACGAUGGUGACAGACGACAACGGCGCGAUGACGUAUCUAUGGAGGAUGGCGUCGAUCUCUGCAACUGUGGCGUCGAGAGCGGCGAAGCAGAGCAAGGGUCGCGGUGGCGAGGAAUGGCAUCGAUCUUGACGACGAUGGCUCCGAGGGCAGUGAUGUAGAUAUGGAAAACGACGAAGAGCAAGGCGGCAUGGUCGAGGUAGUGGGAGAUUGAACGGAGGAGGUUGAUGGUGGAGGGAAGAUGGAGGCGGUGGUGGAGGCUUAAGGAAGAUGGAGUGGCAGCCGAAUGGGGACGGGUUGGUGUUGUCGGCUUGCGGCAGGGUGGGUUUUUGCUGAGAGUGAAGAGAGAAGAAGUAUGGAUUUUGACUUUGUGGUGCUUAUUUUAAUUUGUUGUUUUGCUUUUUAUUUUUAAUUUUUUUUCAGAACAUUAAAUACAUAAUUAUUUAAUGAUGUGGCGACAAAUAUCAACCACAUCAGCAGUAUUUUGCUGAGUCAUUAACGGUAAGAAUGUUUGACCGUCAAUUUUAACAGUCAACACAGGUUUCAGGCAAAAUUUGUCCAUUACUUGCAAAAGUAGGCCAUAAAUGUCUUAUUGGAAAAGUCGGGCCACAACUGUCAUGAAACGACCCGAUCCUUUUUGAAAAUCAAACCAUAACUCAAACCACAAAUCGGUUGCUCCCGAGCAACCCAAACAACUUUUUGAAAUAAAUAACCGACAAUGUUUAAGAAUUUCAAACAAAAAGACUUAACACUUGGGCAAAUGACAAUCUCAAUACUUAAAAUGAAUGAACUCAGAAUCUCCAGUUUACACUCCUAACCAUGUAACAAAGAAAUUAAACUAUUAUGACUCUGAAUCUUCACGAGUUCCUUGACUUCUCAUCAAUGCUGGUGUAGCUACUCGCCUCGCCUUGCCUCUUCUCGAAAACCGGCUCUGCUAACCAUUCCUCGACCUGGUGAGUGAGAAGGGGUCAGUCCCGUCGUUACUUCCUAAAGUCUUUGCACUAGGCAAACUUCCUACUAACACGUUAUUAGAAAAUUUCCUUCCUAGCACGAAAGACGUUCUCACCUUCUGCCCUUAAAUAAUCAUCCUUACUAAAACACGUUAUUCGGGUUCCUGGCUUAGACGAAGUCGUUCUCGCUUUCAUCCUUUAUACUUUGUUGUCAAAUAGUGUAUAAGAGAUCUCUACUCCUAUCUUAUCCUUAGAAUUCCCUUACUUAUAUUCUUAAUCCAUGGACACCAACACUAGGGACCACCGCGUUACGUCUCGCCGUCCGGUGUCCCUACCCUAGUAUGCCAACCGUGUUACGUCUCACCGUCCGGUUGCAUACCCAAGCUCGGCAAUGGCACUACGUUACGUCUCGCCGUCCAGCCCAUGCCCAGUCAACUACUGCGUUACGUCUCGCCGUCCAGUAGUGACCCCAACAUACUCGAUCAACUGCUGCGUUACGUCUCGCCGUCCAACAGUGACCCGACCAUCUACGCGUUCAGUAGUGGCCCAACCGCCCGGGGGUUUCUCUUACCAUUAACCAACUAUUACAAUCAUACAUCCAUACAUAGCACAACGUGUACCUCCACCCUUACAGGUGGUGGAAUGCCUCACACACAUAUCGCACAUUACUCCAAAAAUUAACUAAUUAAAAACUUGAACGAAAAGCAUAAACUAAAAGACCUAGGACGGAGAUUUUACUCCCUUUACACUCACCUCAAAAAGAUGACUCCUCGAUUCCUUCCUCGACGAAACCCCUCCUUAGCCGGAUUAUCUUGGGGAAACAUAUUAAUAAGAAAUUCAUAUUCUAAGA